CGCCGGAGCUGCAGGAGGGGCCGGGGACAGGGACAGGGCCAGGGCCGGGCCAGGUGACAAUGACAGGGACAGGGCCGGGGCCAGGGGGGUACCUGAGGCUGCUCCAGGGCCGCGCCCCCGGCCAGGUGUUCCGGCAGCAGCACGGCGCCUUCAAGGCUCAAGUGUCCACGCUGCUGACGGUGCUGCCACCCCCCCGUGUCCGCUGCCGCCAGGUGACCGUGUCCGGAAAGUACCUGACCGUGCUCAAAGUGCUCAAUGGCAGCUCCCAGGAGGAGCUGUCCCUCUGGGACGUGCAGGUGCUGCCCAAUUUCAACGCCAGUUACCUGCCCGUGAUGCCCGACGGCUCCGUGCUGCUCGUGGACGACGUCUGCCACCACUCCGGGGAGGUGCCCGUGGGCGCGUUCUGCCGCGUCCCCGGGUGCCACUCGCGGUGGCCGUGUCCCCUGAGCGCCCUGGAGGAGCAGAACUUCCUGUUCCAGCUGCAGGCGCCCGAGCGGCCGCCCCGCGACGCCAAGGAGGGCCUGGAGGUGCCGCUGGUGGCCGUGGUGCGGUGGUCGACGCCGAAGCUGCCGUUCACCAACAGCAUCGUCACCCACUACCGGCUGCCGAGCAUCCGCCUGGAGCGGCCGCGCUUCGUCAUGACGGCCACGUGCGAGUCGCCCGUGGUGGCCCUGCAGCGCUUCACGGUCACCUACACCCUGCUCAACGACCUGCAGGACUUCCUGGCCGUGCGGCUGGUGUGGACCCCCGAGGCCACCGCCGGUAAGUCCCGCGGCUCCCUGGACUCCGUGGUUUGCCACACGCCCCUGACCAACCUGGGCUACUCCCGCAAGGGCAGCGCCAGAACCUUCCGCGUGGCCUUCCAGGCGCUGCGGGCCGGGCUCUUCGAGCUGUCGCAGCACAUGAAGCUGAAGCUGCAGUUCACGGCCAGCGUGAGCAGCGCCCCGCCCGAGGCGCGCCCCGUGUCCCGCAAGAGCAGCCCCAGCUCCCCGGCCGUGCGCGAGCUCGUGGCCGGGCUCGGCCGCUCCCAGUCCUUCUCCCACCAGCAGCCGGCGCGGAGCCACCUCAUGAGGUCCGGCAGCGUGAUGGAGCGCAGGGCCAUCACCCCCCCGGUGGGGUCCCCCGUGGGCCGCCCCCUGUACCUGCCCGCGGGUGACAAAGCCGUGCUGGCCCUGGACAAGAUCGCCAAGAGGGAGUGCAAGGUGCUCGUGGUGCCACCCGUCAAGUGACAGCGGGGACA